GAGAGAUUCUGUCCCUCAUCACUCACAGGCAACUCAGAUUCAUACCCUUACCCCUUAGAAGUUAGCACUUCCACCUUGACUUGCUCCAACAUGCGUACCGCCGCCUUCUUUGCUCUCCUGCCUCUGGCAUUCGCUGCCCCGGCUAAGCGAUCCGCGCCGGCUCCCCUCAUCAAGCCCCGAGGAUCUCAGCUCAUCGAGGGCAAGUACAUCGUCAAGCUCUACGAGAAUGCCGCUAUCACGGCUCUCGACGAGACCAUGGGCACCUUCCAGGGUGAUGCUGACCACGUCUACAACGUCGAGGGCUUCAAGGGCUUCGCCUCGUCCCUGACGGCCGAUCAUCUCGAGCAACUUCAAAACCACCCCGAUGUUGAGUUCAUCGAGCAGGAUGCUGUCAUGAGCAUCAACGCCUAUGUCACCCAGAGCAGCGCCCCCUGGGGUAUUGCGCGUCUAUCCCACAAGACUGGCAGCAGCAGCAGCUAUGUCUACGACUCCAGCGCCGGUGCUGACACCUGCGCCUACGUCAUCGACACUGGUAUCUACACUACGCACUCGGAGUUCGAGGGUCGCGCUACCUUCCUAGCCAACUACGCCGACAGCUCUAACUCUGACGGCAACGGCCACGGCACCCACGUUGCCGGCACUAUUGGCAGCAAGACUUACGGUGUUGCGAAGAAGACUAAGCUGUACGCUGUCAAGGUUCUCGACUCUAGCGGUUCUGGCUCUACCUCUGGUGUCAUUGCUGGCAUGAACUACGUUACCUCCGACGUCAAGACCCGAUCCUGCCCGGCCGGUGCCGUCGCCAACAUGUCUCUUGGCGGUGGUACUUCGUCCUCGAUCAACAGCGCUGCCAAGGCUAUGAUCAAUGCUGGCGUCUUCUUGGCUGUCGCCGCCGGUAACGACAACCAGAAUGCUGCUAACUCCUCGCCCGCCUCUGAGCCCAGCGUCUGCACUGUUGGUGCUACUACCUCUUCUGAUGCUCGUGCCAGCUACUCCAACUACGGAUCUGUGGUUGACAUCUUCGCCCCUGGCAGCUCUAUCCUCUCCACCUGGAACAACGGAAACACUAACACCAUCUCCGGAACCUCCAUGGCCACCCCCCACAUUACUGGUCUCGGUGCCUACCUUCUAGCCCUCGAGGGCACGAAGAGCCCCCAGGAGCUUUGCAGCUACAUCGCUUCUAUUGCCAGCAGCGGCAUCCUAUCUAGCAUUCCGUCCGGCACUGUCAACAAGUUGGCAUACAACGGCGCUCCUUCAUAAGGGGAUGUGCAGGGAUUUUAGUGGCUAUUCUAUAAUAGGAUUGCUUUAAUGAUGCUUGCAUGGGACUGUGGUGGUGGUGAUAGCCUCAUAUUGUUGGGCUCCGAUAUUUUACCGAUUGCUGUUUUCUAGUUACUGAGGAUGGCAUGUAGCUUUCAGAGCUUCAACCCGAACCAAUGCUACACAAUAGUUCGAAGUCGGGAACCUGUGGGUUUGGGGACAUGGUUCAUCUCCACGGCUAUUCGUAUAGCCUAGGAAGGGUAGAAAUAUACACUGUCAUUGGUUACAUCUCUUGGAGUAUGAUUUGCAUCUACCAUAUGAAUUAGCCGCGACAGAAUAAUUGACUAAUACAUUGAGAAACUCGUCUCCUCGCCCGUG